AUGGAGUCUCCCAAUAAGCAAGCGAGCGGCACGCCGCCCUCGAAGGUGUCAAGGACUCCGCGUGGAGCAAGACAGACGCAUCAUCGACAGCGCUCGGGCAUUUCAGCACCUGCUCAGCGCCCCGGACAAGAAGACUGGCGAAGAUGGCCUCAGAUCAGCGUCAGGCUACGAGGCCUCCCGAUCACCAGCGUCCAAGAUAUCCACACCGAGUUCACCAAGUACGGUAACAUUGUCUAUAUUGAGCACUUUGAGGGUAGGCAAGGCCAGCCCACCGGCGAAGCCCGUAUUCGGUUCGAACCACCUCCUGUGACCUCAUUCUGGUCCCAAGGCCGUUACAACUUCGUUCGAGUGAACCUGCCGCCUGCCCAGGCGGCGGUUCCCAUCCGCAUCGAACUCGACCCGCCCUCCAACGCCUUUGGGGCCAUUCGUAGCACGGUCAACUCGAGGCUGUUCUAUCCGGCAAGGAUGACCUUGGACAUCAAGACGCUGGAGUUCGGUCCUACGGGUAAAGGGCCUGAGAUCAUGCCCAAAAAACAAGUGGUUUCCCAAGGCCAGGGCAGCGACUCCAAGUGUAUCAGGCUGAAGGCCGACUUUCGAAACAAAACCCUCGCAAUUUACUUCCCCAUCUCCGUAACGCCAGACGCCGAGUCGGGCCAAGUCUUUGGAGAGGAUUCUUCCGACAACGCCAUCCGUGAAUACAAGAUUUUGAUUGACCUCGCUCAUAUGAGGCGUGCGUCGCUCGUCGAUCUCGGAAAUGGCGAUUUUCAUCUCACGAUACCCCUUCGCUACCCGCCAGCCUACUACUUCAAGAACAAAGAUAUUGCUCGCAGUUUUGAAGCCGACAGGCUCUUGUGGACCGAGAACGACCAGUGGGUGCGCGCCUCCCAUGUCCUCGACGACAACGACCUCCCCCAGGACUACAGCCUCGGCCUCCUUAACCAGUGGGAUGACCUGAGUUUCGUCGACAUUGGCCGCUGGACGACGUUCCGCAUGAGGCUUGAUGCUCCUGGCCAAGACCUUCGCAAUCUGACAGGGGCACUUGAAGACCUCAAUAUCGAGCUCACGCGCCUUGAUAAGAGCUCAGAACUCCCAGAUCAGCCGUGCCUCAUCCCGUCUGAGAACCAAGCAGUUCGAAACAAGCCUGUCAAGACUUCCAAGCCAGAUCCAAACGACGAUUGGCUUUCCUUGAUGCAUUCAAAUGCCACUUCUUCGCCCACAGCGAGAUUCUUUGACUUUCCCGUGCAGUAUCAACUCGAGGUUUGCAUCUCUCGUGGCGUCCUCUGCGAAUACAAGCUGUCGCAAGAGUUUCUAGAUCGCCUGCGAGGUCUCCAGCAGGACCGCGCCAAAUGGAUACUGGAAUACUUUGCCGAUCGAGGCAAGGCCGUCGAGCAGCCGAUGGACAUCUUUGAGAGUCAUGAAGCCAACUGCUACUACCCCAACCCGGUGGUGCCUCACUACUGCGCCAUUGUCCGAAAAGUUGUCGUCACGCCCACGACCAUCUACCUGAGCUCUCCUGGGGUCGAAGCCAGCAAUCGCGUGAUAAGAAAGUACCAGCACGUCUCUGACCGCUUUCUGCGCGUCCAGUUCACGGACGAGCUCACGCGAGGCAGGAUCAGCACGCGAGCCAAGAUGGAGCUGGACCACUAUGUGUUCAAGAGGGUCUAUCUAACCAUGAUUAACGGCAUCCGCAUCGGCGACCGCCACUACAAGUUUCUGGCGUUUGGCAAUUCUCAGAUCAGAGAAUGCGGUGCCUACUUUUUCUGCGAGACUGUCCAUCUCAAGUGCACCGAGAUGCGUCAAUGGAUGGGGAAUUUCAAUCACAUACACAUCGUUGCCAAAUUCGCAGCCAGACUGGGACAGUGUUUCUCUACAACGCGCGAGAUUCGCAGCAUUCGGGCCCCCAAUAUCCAGAUCAUUCCCGACAUUGAAAGAAACGGCCAUUGUUUUACAGAUGGCGUCGGCAAGAUCUCCUCUUUCCUCGCCAGCAUGGUACUAGAAGAGAUGGGCCUCGAGACAGUCGAGACGCCAUCGGCUUUUCAGUUUCGCAUGGGCGGCUGCAAAGGCGUUCUUGCCGUAUGGCCCGAGGCCAAGGGUAUGUAUGUGCACAUUCGGAAAUCGCAGGAGAAGUUCAAGGCGACUUUCAACGGUCUCGAGAUAAUUCGCUGCGCGCGGUUCUCCGCGGCCACUCUGAACCGCCAGACCAUUACGAUCCUCACAUCCCUGGGCAUCAAGUCAGAGGUCUUUAUGGACUUGCUUCAAAGACAGCUCCAUGGCUACGAGAAGGCCAUGAAUGACCAGGGUGCCGCUGCGGUUCUCCUCGGCCGUCACAUUGACGAGAAUCACACAUCGCUGGCGCUCAGAGACCUGAUCAACUGGGGGUUCAUGCGCCAUGACGUCCAAGAGCCCUUCGUCCUCACCAUUUUGCAGCUCUGGCGGGUGUGGUCCAUGAAGCUACUACGGGACAAGGCACGCAUCGUGGUUGACAAGGGUGCUUUCGUCCUCGGCUGCGUCGAUGAGACGGCAACCUUGCGAGGCCACAACAGGGCGAGCGAAGGUCAGACCACGUCGAGAAACGUGGAACUACUGCCUCAGAUCUUUCUUCAAAUUCCAGAUCCUGACGAUCGAUAUUCCUUCAACGUCAUCAAGGGCGUGUGCAUUGUCGGCCGCAACCCUUCACUGCAUCCAGGAGACAUCCGCGUUGUUGAGGCUGUCGACGUGCCUCAGCUGCGUCACAUGAAGAACGUAGUCGUCUUUCCGAGCACGGGCGAUGUCGACGUUCCAAGCAUGCUCUCUGGAGGCGACCUGGAUGGCGACGACUUCUUCAUCAUCUGGGAUCCCAACUUGAUCCCUCCGGUGUGGAACUUUCGGCCGAUGGACAACGCGGCGCCGCAGACAAAGGUCCUUGAUCGGGACGUCAAUGCAAAAGACCUCAGUGAGUUCUUCGUCAAGUAUAUGCGCAAUGACUGCCUGCCCCUCAUCGCAACGUCGCACUUGGCCAGCGCAGACUACCUUGAGGGAGGCGCUAUGCACACCAAAUGCCUGCAGCUUGCCAAACUCCAUUCCAAAGCCGUGGACUACGUCAAGUCAGGCGAUCCAGCCGAGCUCGGCCGCGAGCUUCGAGCUCGCCGAUGGCCCCAUUUCAUGGGCGAACGCCGCAACAAGAACUCCAUCUACCACUCGUACACGGCCCUCGGACAGAUCUACGACAGGGUGCAGGACGUGCCGUUCAACCCGCUGUACGAGAAGAAGUUUGACCGCCGCAUCCUCACGCGCUUCGCGCCAAUCGACAAUGCGGUCCUCAAGCAGGCGCGCCGCCUCAAGUCGACCUACGACACGGCCAUGCGGCGCCUCAUGGCCCAGCGCGAGGUGUCGACCGAAUUUGAGAUCUGGACCGGAUUCCCGCUGUCCCGACCGCGCGUCGGCAACGCCUACAAGCACUCGGAAGACAUUGGCCGCGAUGCCGGUCUCCUGAAGCAGUCCUUUCGCGACGAGGUGCACGCCCUCGUCGGCGGCAGCGGCUACGACAAGGUCGCGCCGUUUGUCGCGGCCAUGUAUCAGGUCACGGCCGAGGAGGUCAGCAUCGCGCUGCACCGCCGCCGCGAGGGGCGCGGUGUUGCUGGCGACCCGGAGGCUCUGCCCAGCCGGAAGAGGGACAUGAGGGGCAUGCCUCUCAUUACGUUUCCGUGGAUCUACCACUGGGUCCUCGGCCGCAUCGCGACGGACGACGCAAAGACGAGGCGCGACGUUGUCACGGAUAUCGCGUUCGACCUACAUCACCGCGCUGGCACGUUCGACCGGCAGGAGGAGCUGUCGCAGACCAAGCCGAGCGGCCACCUACCCGUGCCUGACUAUGAGGACGUGGAAGCGAUCGGGGAGAUUCCAGGUGCCGAAGAGCAUCAUCUCACAGACGACAUGAGCAAGAUGGAUCUUCUCACGUUGCCGGACGGACGUCUUCUCCAUCGCGGCCAGGUCCUCCACCUGUUCGACCGUGAUUCUGAGGAAGAGGACGAAGGCGCCCAUGACGAUGGGACGGUCUACGCGCCGCCAUCUCUUGAAGAGACACAGGCCACUGCAACUACAAACGAAGUCUCCGCACAGGACGACACAGGGGUGGCAGUCACCGACGAACCAUCUCAAGGCCACGGCAGCACCGAACAUUACAGAAAGGAGGGCACCGCGCACGAUCGAAAGGAGGACAAGACAUCCGACAUGCCAGCAGUGAAGGAGCAGAAGAUGAAGAAGACGGACGAACAGCAGGCUGAGCUCCAGGAGAGCGGCGACAAGCUAGACCCCUUCGCUGCCAUCUUCAACAUGCAGAAGAUGCGCUGGAACGCGCAGCCCUCCUCGGCCCAGGAGACACGCCCGCACGAGCCCGUCGGCCGGACGCCGCCGCGUCGCCACGCAACCCCUAUCCUGAGGCCGGUGAGGCAAGAUGCAGCAGCAGGGCAAGUCGCGGAGGCCGCACAACCCCAGAAGCCCCCUGACGAGACAUAUCCGGCGAUGCCGCGGACUGUCGAGACGGUCGAGGCUGUCGAGCAGCUCGACUACAGCAGCGCUAGCGACGACGGCGAUGAGGAAGGGGGCAACCUCUUUGAGCGGUUUGACAGGCUCAUGGGCGGCAGCUGA